AUGGCUCUUAUUUAAUGCUGAUCUGUCCGAACCUAGAUGUUAUGAUUUCGAACUGUUGCAGUUAAAUGAUGUCAUGCAUCGACAUUAUGACAAUACAUAGACUCGUUAAGAUCCAACCGUGGAACCAGAUUGGAUCACACAAAGCUCACUGUGAUUCACAAAAAUUAGCACUCGCUCCUCAACUAUAGGACCCUUGCUCUGGGUAAAGAGAUAAUUGCUCAAAAUGAUAUUUCCUCCAUCUCUAUCGAUUAUAGCGACCGUCGUUGCCCCUCUUUUCGUUCUCCUCUUGUCGGCAGUCUCGGUAAACGCAGAUAGGUAUAUCUCGCGAGUCCAUGAUAUACCUAAAAUCGGCUUAGGCACUUGGCUUUCCGAUAGAAAAAAGGUUGCCCACGCUGUUGAAUAUGCCUUAGAUUCGGGAUAUAAUCAUAUAGACGCCGCUCUCAUCUAUCGAAAUGAAGACCAAACUGGCAAUGGAAUAGCUUGGGCAGGUGCUUCUCGAGAAGACAUUUGGGUGACAAGCAAGCUGUGGAAUGACCACCACCGCCCCGACCAAGUCCAAGAAGCAAUCCAAAAAUCGAUAUCAGACCUCGGCGUGGAGUAUUUAGAUCUCUACCUCAUGCACUGGCCGGUCGCCUUUGUUCCUGGUGAGGGAACUAAGAUAGAUGAGGAAACAUCUAUCUUCGACACUUGGCGGGCCAUGGAAGAUCUUGUCAGAGCCAACUUGACUAGAAAAAUUGGCAUUUCCAAUUUCGCCAAGAAGGACGUCGAGGAUAUUCUAGCCAUGUGCACGAUAUGCCCAUACGCACAUGAAUUCGAGACUCAUCCUUACCUACAGCAGCAAGAUUUCGUUGAUUUCCACAAAGAGGUCGGCAUCAAGGUCAUUGCAUACUCACCACUUGCGAACACAAAUCCAACCUACCAUAGUGGUGUCAGGCCCAUCAUGAAGGACCCAUUAUGGAACUUUAUAGCUGCGAAAAAGGAAGCAACCGUGCCCCAAGUUUUGCUGGCCUGGGGUAUCCAGAGAGGAACCACUGUGAUUCCCAAGAGCGUUCACGAGCAAUACAUCAAGGAGAAUCUCGAGGCAUUGGAUAUAAAGCUUACGGAGAACGACAUGAAGGCUAUCGCUGCUCAAGAUAAGAAGACGAGGAUGAACGACCCUGGGAAAAGCUGGGGUAUAAAGCUGUUCGCGGAUUUAGACGAUCCUACGGAUCUAGACGGGAAUGGGAAGAGCAAGGAGCUGUGAACGGGCCCAAAAUAUGACGUUUCGAAUAGUGCUUGCACGUUCGGGAUCGAGUGUCUUGAAGUCCUUAAAGGAGGGGAUGUGAUUUAACUUGAGAUUAUCUUACUCGCAAUAAUACUAAGAAGUUCCUCGGUGCGGUACUUAUAAUCCGCGGUCUAGCUAAGGGCCAGUGCCUAGGUUAGGUUAGUAAGUUUUAGUUCCAGCUGAAUAAUAGUUAAUAC